ACUGUAGUCCCAGAUAGGUCGGUGCAGCGAAGAAGGUUUCGGGGCCGUUAUUGAAUAUUUACCAUGAGUGCGCUGUGGGACGGAGUACAGCGUCCACAUGUUACCGUGCGCAACGUGGUUUUUACCCCGGUAAGCUGAGAAGGACUGCCAUUGGCUGGCGAUGCGGAGAUCAGCCCUGCUCGCACAUACAAAACCAAGUGAACUUCCUUCCCGAAGUGAAACGGCUGAGAGUAAAGAGAGGAAGAUAGGGGCUAGAAACACUGCAAUACCAGCUUUCCCAGGUGUCAUUAUCAUUUGAGAGAUAACUGAAAGCUUGCGUGGAAGUCUGACUGAUUCCAUUACGUUCAGAUCAGUACUGGGAUUUAACAUGGCACCUUGUCAACAUUUACUUGUCAUUUUUUUGGGAUGGAUCUAUAUCUGCAGUGGAUAUCGCUUUAUGUUGGACGAACAUCUCCCUGGACUGAAAAGAAAGGCGGAAAUGGGACAGUUUGAAGAGAGCAGGGAUGAUGAUGGCUUCGCUAAGGACGAGGGCGACCUUGUCUUACAGGAGACGGUAUCAGAGCACAUGCAGAUGCUGUAUGAGAAAUACAACAGUGCUGGAUUUCAUUUCAGGGAUGGAAAUACGGUUCGCAGCUUCAAAGCACACUGGGGUACAGUUAACAGCAUCCAGAUGCAGAUCUUUAAUCUAACUUCGUUAACCAAAUCAGAGGACAUCAUAUCUGCCACGUUACACUACUUCAUUGGUGGUUUGCAGAAUAGCUCCUCCAGAUGUACAAGGUCCCAAAGUUGCAGUCAACGCAGUUCUAAGCAAACCCACAUUCAGCUGGGGAUCUGGAGUUGUGCUUCUUUGGAUAAUGACACCAGGACUCUGGGCCAUGUUCGUAUCAGGGUCCCCGCAGCCCACAGAGACGUGACGUCCUGGCAAUGGAAAGAUAUAACUUCCUUUACGAAGAAGGCGAAACAUCACAACGAACUCCUCAUUGGCAUCAAAGUCCCAUCAGAUGGACACAAGCUGUGGAAUGAGCUUCUGCUCGGCCCUCCCCCUUACAUCCUGGUGUAUGCCAAUGACUCCGACAUCUCUGGUCCAGAAAAUGUGGUGUCCACCUUGCAGGGGGGGCACAAAGACCCCGUGCGCCCAGGCCUUCACCAGCUAGGAGUACACCUGAGUGCCAGCACAAUGCCACAUCGGUCCAGGCGCUCCGCCGACACCCUCCUCCCGCUCCAGAACAAUGAGCUCCCGGGGAACGAGUAUCCAUAUGAAGUGCCGCGCUGGGAUGAGACGGAUCCGUACAACCCCAUAGACAACAGACCGGCGAAACAGCCCAAAAAGAAGCCCCGAAAGAACCACCGCCACAAGGUGCCAUUGCUGCAAUUUGACGAUCAGACUAUACAGCGGGCACACAAGAAGCAAUGGAGCGAGCCUCGCAACUGUGCCCGCCGGUACCUGAAGGUGGACUUCGCUGACAUAGGGUGGAGUGAGUGGAUUAUCUCCCCGAAAUCCUUUGACGCUUACUACUGCUCAGGAUCUUGCCAGUUUCCGAUGCCAAAGUCCCUGAAGCCCUCCAACCACGCUACCAUCCAGAGCAUUGUGCGGGCGGUGGGCGUGGUACCCGGCAUUCCGGAACCCUGCUGUGUGCCCGAAAGGAUGUCGCCUCUCAGCAUCCUCUUCUUCGACCAGGACAAGAAUGUAGUGCUCAAAGUUUACCCCAAUAUGACCGUGGACUCAUGCGUCUGCAGAUGAUGUCGAAAUUGCAUUUUGCACUGAAAGAGAAACUAAACCCUGAUAUAUAGCUAAUUAAUAAUUGGUUCCCGCAUCAUUUAACAAAUUUUUGAAGACUUUAUCUUUCUGUUGUGGAAGCUUGAAAGAAACAUAACCUAAAAUAAUAUAUUUUUGUAAGAUAUGUAAUCUCUUUUCUGCCCCUACCGAAGGAGGUUUUGCUUUAAUAUGCCUCAGAAAUAAAACUUAAAUUUCUAACUUUAUGACAAAACACUGUCUAUCUUUGUAGCACAGGAGGAUGAACAUCCAUUGGAUAAUUUCCCUUUUCAACCAAGAGGUCAAAGACUGAAUCAUUUGCAGCAAAGGACUUAUUUGAUUUAUGUACAUUCAGGAUUGCAGCUCAUGCAAUAGAAUUCUACAGUCUCGUAUAACAGCUGAGUAAAAAAAUGACAUGCUUUAUACCAAAGUAUAAAGUAUACAAUGCGUUGAACUGUGGGUUUAUUCUGUAUUUUUAUGUUAUGAUUAUGCUGCAUAAUUGUCCUGAAAGAGAACAGUCUACCCUGUAUUUUCCCAACCCCAGUACUACAUUUUUUGACCUAAUGUACAUCUCUGUGCUCACCAUACAUCAGUGCAUUUUUAAAAUAUAAUUUGAAGGUUCAGCAUAUAUUAAAAUUUCAUAUGAUCACUGUAUCGAGAUACCUAUUAUAUAUGGAUUCCAAAGUCAAAAUAUUUAAAGUGCCUUUUGGAAAAUCACUACUAUUUGAUAAAGGAUUAUUGCUGUUUGCAGUUAACAUUCUCAAAUAUACAGAUAUUAGCCAAUCACAUAUCAGCAAUUAUUAAAUGAAGUAACACAGUACCAUGCUUUUACACAACUAUAUAUACAGAAUUAUAUCUAUGAAUGCUUUGAAGCUCAUAUUCAAAAAGUGGUCAGACACACUUUCAUGCAUUAAUAAGGUCAUUCUUUUGUGCUUACAAAAGGUGUACAGGCAUCAGAGUUUUCCAUGUUCUCCAAUUUUCUGUCUCUGUACUGUACAUUGAAAUCCAGAUGCAAGUAACUUUAAAGAUAACAGAUUAUUGGAUUCAUUAGCCAUAAGUGUCUUCAUCUGAUCGUUAGCCUGAACUUAACUUUUAUGCUGCUUUUUACAGAAAAAUUUUCAGCUUUCAAAUUGAAGGCAAAAGUUUAUCUUCUUUCAGUUUAGAUACUAAGAAUUUUCUACUAAGGGUAACUUUAAAUUAAUAUUUGUAAUUGUACUAGGGCUUAACUCAUGUAAAAAGGGAUUUUUAUUUUCAUCUCUAUCAUCUAGGGAGCUAUGCUAAAACUGAGCAAAGAUUUCAACACAGAUUAUUAUUGUAUGAAAUAUUAAUCAGUAUUUUUUUCUUUUAUACAUAUAUAGUUUAUUUAAUACAUAAUUAAUAGAAUUAAUUAGAACAAUGGAUUUUGAUAAGCAUCUUGAUGCAUUUGGCUGGGCUGUAGAAGACGUUUUGUUGCGUUGUCUCAUUACUUGCAAUAAAUGCUUUAGACGCAUUUUAUUUUUAUUCACAUUGAGUCUUUUGAAAACAACAUUUGAGUUGAAGCUGGACUUGGGCUUGCUUUGCGAAUCAACAACCUGAACUUCACAGCUACAACGUCUCAAACUGCUGUCGGUGUUUGAAUGACCACGUCUUAGAAGCGCUCACACCCGUUGAUAUCUGCCUGUGAGGUAGGGCACACAUGCUGUCAACAUGUACAAUUCUGUUUCACGCAGCUGCAAAAUGACAUCAUGUGUCCGUUGGCAUGGUUGCUCUAGCUACCUGAUCAAUCUUACCUGUAAACAUACCAACUUGCUAUAGUGCUUUUUUCUGUAAGUGGCGAGUAAUUAUAUUGUAGCUCGUACUACAUUUACAAACAUACACUCUGCAUAAAUAUCGUGUAUGGUAAAUGUUGUACCUAAAUACUAUGAUGCCUAGAAAUGCUUAUAUCUGUCAAUCAAAUUCAGUUAUUUUUCCGUUUUUUUUAGCAAAAUCAAUCUCUCAGUUCUAUAGUAGUUUCAAAGUGCAAAGAGAUCUUCAUAACACAAAUCUUGCCUUGUUAAAAUCUCAAUGACUGUUUACUAUGAGCAAAAUUUAGGUGGAAAAGGGAGGUAGUUUAGUGCAUGUCACUGGUGUUAAGAGAUAUAAUGGAACACUUAUGUGAUACUAAAAGCAGUUCAGCUUAUUGUUUAAACCAUUUAAAAUGAAGCAUGGGAUCAUUCUAAAUGCAAAUCCAUUUUCAGAAUGUUGCUAUUUUCAUAGAAUGCUGCCAGUAGAGAAUUUACCUGCGCAUUUAAUACAAAGUUUAACUUUUGUGAGUGUUCUUUUGUGGGGAUGUAUCUGAACGAUGAAGUCUCAUAUGAGCAAUCAGAGCUUCAUCUCAGAAAAAUGUAUUGAUUUAAAUGUACAGCGAUUCACUUUUCUUAGGUUUCCAAGAAAACUAUUGCUACUCUCAGUGCUUUAAAUAAAUUUAGAUUGUAACUGCGUUGUAAUGAAUUGUAUGGGUGCUAUACUGUACCAAUAUGAGACAUUUUUAGUAUCUGUAGUAAUUGUGUUAAUGGAAAAGUUCUUAUAUAAUUAAUAUUUUGUAUUGCUAUUUUUUUCUUCCAUGCAUGGAAAUGAACAUCACUUUUGUUUGCUUUGACAACCACUGCAGUAUGUCAGAGAAUGCUAUGAACGGAGCUUCCCCAUACCACUCUGUAAAGUCUGUAAAUAUAUAGCAUUAAGAGAAAAUGGUAUUCUUGCACAAUAAGCUUAAUGACAUUAUAUUUGUAUAUGGAAUUUAAUGUUUAAUGAUGUUUUAUUUAUAUUCUGUGUAUUGUUUAAAUUUUUUUCUCUGAUGAGCGGCUAUUUUUGAGACGUGGUUGCUGAUUGGCAGGGAGUGUGGAAGAAAGGGUGGGGACGAUGCGGAGAGGAACACAUCACAUGACCUGUCAAGCUGUGAAUGGCACUCAUUACUACUGAUGUAUACACUCGCCUCUAUGUGAGGACUCCCCUGUUUGAGAACAAACCUUUCUUAUGAACCAUUCAAGCAAACAAUAAAGCUACAUAUGCCACCUUUUACCAAAUAAAA